AUAUUGCAUUAAGCAAGAGAAUUCCUCUUUUCAAAAUCUAAACAUUUUUCAUCAAGAACCGAUCAUGCGAUGUAGAAGCAGCUUCGGCGUUCUUAAAAUUCUCUUGGUACGUUGCAUGUUUUGAGCGCCUUCAUUAAUAAAGCUAUCAGCGAGUUGGCGAAUAACCGCUGCUAAGCUAGCUAACUAACUAAACUUUCUCUGUUCUUUUUGCAGUUCUCGAAACUGUUGCUGGUGAUUUGUUUAAGGACAGAAGCGGAGUACAUCCAGACAUCAAAAAGUAACGUUUUAAAAUCCUUUUUCCCUACGUAUUUGAGUUUGUUAUUAUACGGGAGUGAAAAGAGAUUACACCUGCAAGUAUUUCCAUCUAAUUUCGUUUCUCGUUUUGUUUCUACUUUUGGAAAUAAUUGCUCGAAAUACUUCAUUCAAAUACACCGUUUACCCUGAAAUUAAGUUUCUUACUGAUGCCUUCAGUUAACUGGUUUACGUACUAUGGUUACAAAUGCGAGCAGAAUAGCGCAUUCAUGUAACGUACAUAAUCGGAAAGCCAUGAUUUUUUUCUGCCUUAACGUUAUGUUACAGACCUACGUUUUAUUAAUGAGAAUAUACAGGCUAUAUCACCUACUUCUCCGAGAGUUAUAGCCUUUUCGUUCACGUAUUUUUUUUAAGAUAAAGAAUUCCUUUGAAGAGGAAAGUAUUUAUUACUUUCCGGAAUAUUCUAUGCAAAGUGUGUUAAUUAAUACCAGUUUUUGCUGUCAGAUGCACAUAAACUCACUGAUCGAUAUAAUUACAGGAACAAGACAGCAAAUACUCGAGAAAAAUAUCUAUUCUGUCAAUGAUACGGAGAGUUACCCCCGAAAAGUGGAUAGCAUAAAUUUCACGUUUUAAGCAACAUGUAAUAUUAAUUUGGGUUUGUAAUGGAGUGAAACGGGAAUUUUAUAUAUACUGACUUUAAAUUAACUUGAAACAAACAAAGCGUAGAUUACAAUAGGUUUUCUAUUUUAGAGGUGACCUUCUGAAACAGAGGACCGAGAAAGCUUGUGAAAAAUAUCCGAGAUGAUUAUUAAAACAGGGGAAACGUUUAUGAAAUAUCGUUCCUGUUAGGAACAACAAGCCAUUGAAAAUGCCGUUACUAGUAACAAUUUUAAUUGGUGAAAAGCCUCUGAUUGGUCGAUAUUAAGAACAGGUGAGAGAGUCCAAUAUACGCCAGAAGUGGUUCCUCAGUAUUGUCGUGAAUAUCUCCUCAUUUUAACUCGACACGCGAAGAAAUAAUCCCUUAAAAAGCGGUCUAAUGAUUCCUAGAUGUUAUCUUGGGACUCAGUGUCACAACAUAAACGGAUAUCGGCCGUAUUUUUCUCUUUUUCGGUGCCAAAGAAAUGAUUGAAAGAAGUUUGUCUUGUUCUAACUAGAUCGAAACUAGAACUUUCCCUUAAUCAUCCUUGCCCCGCGUAAUUGCGACGUGGGGAUUGACAGAUGUCAGUGCGGGUUGCCUACUACGUCAAAAAGCGUUUUCUAGUAUUCGCUUUACCCCACAGUAAGUCGGAACCUGCUGUAAAAGUCAAUUCAGCGACUUUUAGUUGAACGAUUUAACAAAAUGUGAUGUCAGUAGUAGUACCCUGGGAAAGAUCUAUUCAGUUUGAUUUUCGAACCUCGCGAUAAUUGGAACAAAAUUUGACUCUUUUCCUCGAUCAAGCUGUGCAAGUUUACUCUCAUUUUUUUAACCUCCUAAUAACCCGAACGAAUUUCCUUUUCUUCCGACGGUUUGGACAAUCCUAACCUUCGAUCAGACGGUCCUUCGAAAAAAAACGCCUUAUCGCAGGCUAGGACAAUCUGUAAUUCACUGUUUUUUAGAUGGUCGUACUUUCAAUAUAAUUUUAGUCAGAAACAUCAUUAUCAGAAAAAACAAACCACAGGGACUCAUUUUGUCCAUCAUCAGCUUCUCUUGAAGGGUCAAACUUUUUAGCUCAAAGUGACUCUUUUGGAUAGAAACUUUAGUGUAGCAAAGUACAGCUGAAACUACAUAGUACAAAAGUUCUCAAUAGGUCAUAGGGGUUUCCUCCGAUCCUCGAACUCAAAAUAACAAAUCGACGUCUCUAAAAGCCCACUGCUAUUAUUUUGCUAAAAUAACCAUAUAUUAACAGCAGCUUAGAACUGUGGUUAAUGUCAACAAGAAAUUUUCCUAAGUCGUAAGAGUGGAAUAAUGUAAGAAUCUUUAAACUUUUUUUAAAAAAGAUAUCUUUAAUAAUGCACCCUAACCAGUGGCCUGUUUUAAAGCUCGAGCAGAUUUCAAUAGCUGUUUUCAAGAAUGGAAGGAUAACAGGAAGUUACAGGGUGUACCUCUCUUGCUGUUGCCAGCUACAUGGAACAAAAAAAAAUCUCAUAAUAAGUGCGUUGGCAAAGCUUUAUUAGAAAUUCAUAGUUUUUUCGACGGUUAGUUUCCUUUAUUUUUUAAAAUUACCGAUACUGAGUGCGACUAGGUCUUGAAAAGCUAUGAUUGAACUGUUUUGAAGCGUUGUUAUCAACUUUAAUGGAUUUUAGAGGCUUGAAUAUCACCUUGUUUGCCCGUCUGAGGUAAAAUAAGGGAUUAUCUAGGUAAUUCUUUUUUAAAACUUGUAGAUAUAAAUUUUUAAACGGUUUCAAAUCCAGAAAAAUUUAAAAGCUGAGUAUGAUGUAUUUGCAUGUCAAAAAGUAGAUAAUAACAUAUUCGGAUCAAUUUAGGUUCCUGGGAAACUGCCCACCUACCCCUCCCCUAAGCCAACAUUUUGCCCUAAGUGAGAAGUAAUUGAGAAUGUAGGACUUCUGCGAGUUAUAAAAGGACACGAAACCAGGUUUGUGCGACAAACAUCCUGCAUAUCGCUAAGACUGGAAUGUCGAUAUAUGCUUAUGCGCUUUUUCAGGCCGGGAAUCAUCCUGAGCCAUCCUGACAAAAUCGUUCCUCACAACCUGAUCAAGCAUGGCAUCUCUUGUUUCUUUUGUAUUGUCCAGUCCGGAGUCAGCCCUCAUGGUGUCGAUGUAUGUAGUUCUUGGUCUACCUCGAUUUGGGUGACCAUGUUGAGGUGCCCAAACGGCUUUUAGCCAGACAUUGAAAACAGCCGUCCAGAAGGAAUGUUUUCCCUUAGCAUGAUAAGAGAUUAAAUGAAUUUUUCUUGUAUUUCUUCCAAAAAUGGGCGUCCAUAGGACGGCUGGACACCCCAGGGGCACCCAACGGCAAUUUUCGGAAAAAUAUCUGUUCGGAAGACGAUUUGAGAUCUAGAAUUUUCGGAGCAUUUGUUGUAAAAUUUCUUGCUUGCCUGCCUCUCCUAGGAUUUUCGAACACCUACAAAAUGGUAUAAUUACCCAUUUUUAACGGAUUUUGAGCCUAAAAAAGGCCACCUAGAAUUUUCGGGAGCCUUUUCCUGACUGAAAUUUUCGAGGAGGUAAGUUUUAAUCCCUAUAAUUUUCGGAUCACUAGAUUUUCAGCUAGGAAAUCCGAACAGAUGAAAAGUUUUUAGGGGAUAAAAAUAUGCCUAUAUCUACCGUUUGAAUACUAAAAUACGUUCAACAAUGCUAUGUUAAGUGGUUUUGAACUAUAUCCUCGUUGGGUGCCCCUGGGACUCCCUUCUGGCUCAAACCUUGUUCCCAAAGCAACACUUUUGAAGCCGUCUCUUCAUUGUGACGAGCACAAUGGCCAGCUUAUCUUCUCGCAUGAAUUGUUUCACUGGCUCUUAGGACGCUCCAGUAUAGGUCCUGGUUGUCAAUAAGUUGUUGUCAGUGCACAUUCAUGCUCACGAGCAAUGUAAGAAGAGUAAUAGUUAAUUUUAAGCUUGGUGCAUACACAAGAAGAACUUUUUUCAGUCCGUGCGUCUUGGUCUCUUAUGAACUGAGUUGGUUAUCGUGUUAUAUUUAUAGACUGCACACAAUAUGUUACACUGUCAGGAGACAAAGGCAAUUUUACAAGUCCGGGAGGGUAUCAAGGUUAUCCUAAUGACACGUCGUGCAGGUAUGCUAAGCUGUUAUGAAUAUUGGCCAUUUAGAGGCUUCGCGUGAGACUGCGUCAGUGUUGUACCGAAUUGCACUAUGGGACUUUUUUGAAGUUGAAUUUUGACGCAGUUUCCCUGGCAACGUCGUAAUCGCCAAUACAAAUGAGACAGUAUCCUCAAAAAAGUACCAUGGUGCAAUUCGACAGAGUCCACCCAGUCUCACGUGAAACGAAUGUCUGGGACUCCCUUCCUUACCCUACUGAGUUUUUUUUACACCCCUACCCCCAGAGAGAGUACGGACGGGCGUACGCUGACCUCAUAACCAAAUUUUCUGGCAUCGAUAGGUUUCCAUUUUUUCUAGGUAUGAGAAUCUACUGCGCAUGCGGACGCUCCGCUAAAAGCUCCUGAGACACUUGAUUUGAGUCAAUUUGAGUCGAAAAUCUAUCGUAAUCGCAUAGUCUGCGAGGAGAAUGAACAAUUUAAAUCGGUCCCUUGCCAACUGAAGCUAACACCCUGUGAUGGAUCCACCUCCACCCUCCGUGCAUACUUUCAAUCCCAAAUCUCGCCCUCAUUUUGCUAUAAAAUCCUGGAUCCGAGCCUCAAAUAAGGGAAAUCUCGAAUCCCGAGUUUCAUGUAAGGAAAAUCCCGAAUCCCGAACUUCAAAUAAGGGUAAUCCCGAAUACCGAGCUUCAAAUAAGGGAAAUCCCGAAUCCCGAACUUCAAGUAAGGGAAAUCCCGGAUCCCGAGCUUCAAAUAAGAGAUCCCGAAAAACAUAUUGUGAACCCUCAAUAUUGUUAGUUUUUGUUUGCGCGUGAGACUAGCUGGAUCUAUUGCGAAGUUACGAAGGAAACUGGGUCAAAAUUGGUUUACCAAAACAGUCCCAUGAUGGGGCAAAUCGACACAAAAACGACCCAAUCUCACAGGCAAACUUUGAACGUCUCCUCGCAGAAACCACUAUAAAAUGGGCACCUCUCUGUAGCGGACAGAGAUACCACAUACUACAGACGCCUUGGUCUCCCAUGCAGACGUUCCUAGGGCUUCGACACGCGUUCCUACCCAUCCUGUUCGUGGAGGAGGGACUACUCGUGACUGUGACAAAGCCCUAGGUGUGGGGGCUGGGGAGAGAGAGGGCGGCUCUCUCCUAUAUUUUCCCGCCAUCAUCCCCUUCCCCAGAUCGCGCGCGGUGUAUUUUCGCGACUUCCCUCCUAUAGGUAAGAGCCUAGCACAGGCUACGUCCAUGGUCGUCUGAAAGUGUACAUUCGAUGGUUAAUGCUUUGGCUAAUGCCACAAAUCCUUAGCAUUCAAACACACUCAAAAGUCGUCCAUGGUUUCAAAUGAAUACAUUCUUUUUCUAUUUCUGUUUUUUGCCCUUUAGUAGCAACUUUGUGGCUGAUAACUAAAUGCCGUUCUCUUUCACAUCUUGCAAUAGCCCACGUUCGAUAUAUUAAAAUUCCGACAUAACUCCGAGGUUUUCUGUCAUAUUUCUCUACUUGGUUUGGUUUUCUCAAAGUCUCUUCCGGGAUUUGCAAAACAAUAAAGUCGUUAAAAUGUUGCAAUUUUGUCCGUUAAACCUCAACCCCCAAUGUCAGAAUUUUGAUAUAUCGAGCUUGGCCUAUUACUACAAUCAUUUUUACGAUAUCCUAUGCUUUUCAUAGUCAUUGAUAACACCAAUUCUCUCUGCCUUUUCCUUCCUUUCAUAGCUGGGUGAUAUACGGAGCGUUCAACGCCAGGAUAAGCGUCACCUUCCACGACUUUGAUCUCGAGACGAGUAAGACUUGUGCACCGUAUGAUGUAGUCAAGUUGUCAGACAAGUGUAACGGGUCAAAAGUUUGGUCGGAUAAUCUGCAGCCCGAAGAUGAUAUUGGCAAUGGAGACUUUAUCGAUGGCUACUGUCGUAAUUUGACGAGGUUUACUGUCAUUUCACGUUGCAAUAACAUGCGUAUAGCGUUCAAAUCUGACGAUUCAGUCACGGGAAGAGGAUUUAACGCAACGUACAAGAUAAUCCUGGACAAAAGUGAGCACUCCUUCUCUCUAUAGCCCUUUUUACGCAAGCCUGAGAAAAAAGCGUACUUUUCGCUACUUCACCACUGGUUUUCCCACGAAAUGACGUCAGAGGAACGACUGCAUGAUUUCCAUACUGAUGACGUGUCACUUACCAGAUCUGUGUCGUGUUUCAGAUUGGCUGAAGCAAGACAUGGCCAGUCAGAAGCACUACCCAGAUCUUCGUAGUAACACGCGCUCGGCCGUCUUAACAUUACGGGCUAGAUUAACCAUAGGCGUUUUAAAAAGGUUGAGACUACUUUUGUGACUUCAGUGCACUCAAGAGGAGGAAAUCUUUCGAAUACAUCGGAAUAUUCCGUCUCUUGCGCGUCGGAAGUCCUCGGAAGUUGUCGGAAGUCAUCCAUGCCGUAUCCAUCCAUCCAUCCAUCCAUCCAUCCAUCCAUUCCUUCCUCCUACGCUAUAUAUAAGUCAGUUAGUCUGUCUGUCUCUCAAUAGCCAGUCAGUCAGCCAGUAAGUCAAUCAACUAGUCAUUCAUUCAUUCAUUCAUUCACUUUUGCAAGUUCUCUUCCCUUUGAUGUUCAUCAUUGAAUUCAUAAAACAAAUCAUACUGCUUUUUGUCUUGUCAUUAUCCGUUACAGAAAAACCAGUAAUAAAGUCUUUCUGUGAAAACAGCACCAAUAUAAACUGCUCGACCAAAAAGGAAGCAACAGAAAAAGACAAAUUGCGCCUCUGGUGUGAAAUCGAGGCGUACCCUGAGGCAGAGGUGAAAUGGGAAUACUUGGGGGCAAACUCUUCAAAUACCAACGGAACACUCGACACCAAAGAGAGGCGUAUGAUCAACUAUCGCAAUGGAACGCUAGAGAUACAAUCACUGAAGAGAAGUGAUACAGGAUACUACAAGUGUUCCGCAAACAACUCGCAGGGAAAGGAUGAGGAUACGAUGUAUUUGCGCGUUAAAGGUAGGCGGCAAAGGACGUUGAACGCCGGGGCUCUUCUUAGGCCAGUGCCAAACGUCGAACUUUUCAUGGGACGAACCAAACUGGGCGGAUUAAGUUCAUAAAAAUUUCGACUUCUGACCCCGUCUGCUUCAAAUGAUGAAGUAUGACUGGUCUGACCCAAAAGACGAAUUUCAAUUAAUUUAGGUUGACCCAAAUAUAAUUACAAUUUGGUUCGUCUCAUGAAAGUUCUACGUCUGGCCUUAAUUUUUUUCCAGUGCUGAUAAACUAUAGGAGCUGAGGAAAGACGACAGGUUAAAUUCAAAGCAGUCGCGGCAAGUGCUUGUGGCCAACAUCAAGGGCGGGACGGAAAAACCAAUUUUUAGUGUCUUUGUUUGCUUGGAGAAAUCUAGAAAAGGGCUUUUAAGCUACGGUUGUUCCUACGUCUGCUGCAAAAUGAACUGGAAUUCUGUAGUGUUGCUUCUAAUGAGAGUGGAAAUCCGGAAAAGCCUGAGAAAAACCUCCCAGAGCAAGGGAGAUAACCAACAGGAAUCUCAACCCACGUGUGACGACGACUCCAGGAUUCGAACCCGUUGGCAAUUUCCAUCUCACCGCUGCGCAGUCUCCCUCGCAGCCGUUUUUAGUAUCGUCACGCGUUGCGUGACGAUACUAAAAACGGCUGCGAGGGAGACUAACCGCUGCGCAGCGGCUGGCAAUUCUAGUCUAAAGGGGCCUUGCCACGAGGAUAUUGAUGUUUUAGGUAAAUUCUGUGCCAAACUCAGUAAUAACUGCCUUUACUUAUUACUCAAACGGACAGACCUUUUCGUAGCUCAAAUGAUCAUGUAGAAAUGGAGGUCUCAUCCCACGUAAGGGAAUUUCCAAGACAGUCCCGAAUUCGCGUUUUCCACGCCGUGGAUUCCUGAUUCCAGGUGCCGGAUUCCAGUACAGUAAAGGGUCUUUGAUACGCGGGUUUCCCCGCUUAUUUACCCGACGGCUAUGCCAUGCUGACGAGCCCCAAUAGGGGCGAAACAGCUGAUUGAUAGCUACCACUGCCGGGGGGAUAUGGUUGUGCGCAUGCGUAAGGUACUGGCCAUACCGCUGACCGCGGAGUUGGUACGUGUACUUCAGUGCUUAAUUUACCGGAUUCCAGUCUUUGUCAGUGGAACUUGGAUUCUGGAUUCCAAUCGUUUGUGGGAUCCCAGAUUCCUUGAGCUGUUUUCCGGAUUACAAAGCCCAGGAUUCCGGAUUCCAUAAGCAAAAUAUUCCGGGAUUCCGAAAUUCGAAUUCCCUUACAUGCGGCGACUGGUCUCAUCAGUAAUAAGAGACGUCAAAUAAAUAAUUAAUUCUUACGUGCUCAACGGCACUGACGCUUAAAUAAGUUAGGUGUGUGUGCGCUAAAAUGUCAUGCUGAAAGCUAAUUGUGUAACUUUGUUUGGCUUUCAGAAAAGUGCAAGUGUCCAAAAAUAAUUCACGCCAACUGGUACAAUAUCCCACCCUACGUAGAGCACCAUUCCGGGAGAGAUCCCUCGGGACUGUUCCCGUUUUUACUCGGGAAAAUUGUUAAACAAUGCUGUGGAAAUUGCACAGGCGGUGACGGAGAGUCUGAGAUCUCUUAUUCCAAGCGCCAAGAAACACUGGUAAGGAUAUUUUUAAAGAACACUUAACAGAUAAAGAGGACUUUGCAGUUCUUAGUUCUUUUCUAAGGUGGAUUUACACUGUCGCGUAGUUUUACAAGCGUACGCAAGUAAAUUUUGCAUGCAUAAAUAAAAUAGAGGCAAUGUAUGAAAGUUCGCGCUUAAAUGUAUAAAGUAGGACCUAGCUCAACGUUAACGUUUACGCGCUAUUCGCCGCCAUUGAUGGUUGGUUUUUGCUUAGUACUAGGAUAAUAAUAAUAAUAAUAAUAAUAAUAAUAAUAAUAAUAAUAAUGAUAAUGAUAAUGAUCGUUUAUUCAACCUUUUUGCAGCAUAAACUGAAUUACUAGGCUGGUCAUUAAUUAGAUACAAAUACUUCGGGAUUAUGACACGUAAAUAUAACUGUUAAUGUUAAGACAUAUCACAUUUCGCUAUUUUAAACGUGAUUCUGGUAUUUGAUGGUGCAAAACUUUCCAAAUCUGUCAGUUCUUGAGGAGGCAGGCACAGAAACAGUUUCUUCUGUUCUAAGGGCGUACGGUCUUGUGUGUGCAACUCGCGGCAUUAAGUUUCGUAGCAGGUCGGAAGAAGAGUAACUUCGCUUGAGAAAUGUUAUGCACGCAUCCUCCCUCCUCUGGCGCAGCAAAAUUAAGCCUGAUUUGUUGAGCGCGUCCUCAUAGCACAGAGAAGGAAAAAUAUUUUUAGCGCCCUCUUUUGUAUUGAUUCAAUUUGACCACUUAAGUAUUGCGUGAGGCCAGCCCAAGCGGGACUCGCAUACUCUAAAACAGACCUGAUGAUAACUUCCGGAUCGUUAUGCGUUUCUAGCACUACUCCCUCCGCCUACCCCUCCCCCGAUCUUCCAAGCGAAAACAGUUUGCAUGGUGCUAGGAUCUUCCUAGCUCUCUGCCUUCGCUAGGAAGAUCGGGGGAGGGGUAGGCAGAGGGAGUAGUGCUAGGAGGAGUAGUGCUAGGGACAAUUACAACCCUUGCAUGUAUUGCUUGUAUGUAUAUUAAAAAAAGACAAAAGCGCUAGGAUGAUCCGCGUUCUAGGAUCCUCCUGGUGCUAGGAUCUCCCUUCCUUCCAUGUAAAGAGCCUCUAGGUUUAACUUCUAAUUGGAAGAAAUCUGCAUUCCUUUUUUACUAGCUUGUUAUUGUGUCGUUUUAUCACACUCUUACCAAACUGUACAUGGCCGGCAUUCCUCUCUUGUUCGUACUCUUAGACAUUUUCUCCUGUUACGUUUAAAACAGGUUGACAUCAAAGCCAGUCAAAACCUGGAUCAACCUGACACCAUCACGUUUCCAAUCAGUGGGAAAAAAGCCGAUCGCUACUAUCAGACUUCCUACAAGUUCAUGCCUCUGAUAGGAUCUCCCGGCGUCGCAUUCAUUGUUGUUGAUGACCCACCCGGCACCUCAGCGAACGCUGUGUUCAACUCUGUUCUAUCUGGAUGGCCUGUGUUGGUACUUACAUUACUGAUGGCGUUACUGUCCGGUAUCAUCAUGUGGGGACUGGUAAGUAGUGAACGAGAAUUCCUUGGGUAGCCUGUGUCAGGCUAUCAGAUAGUAGGGACGUGGCGAGAAUAAAACAAUCCAAGCGCAAAUAUGACGCGAGCGAUCUGGGGAAGGGACUGUUCUAUCUCUCCCCAUCCCUCGCGCGUUUUUUGCAUCACUUUCUACUGCACGACUGUACAUCAUUAUCUUGGAGACUGGAACAGGCUCUCCCUGGGGACUGCACAGUAUCCCUCUCCCAUCCAUAUUAAAUUCUGCGCGUCUUUUGCAUCACUCUUUACUCAAAACGACUGUACAUCAUUAUCUUGGAGACUGGAACAGGUCUAUGGCUACAAUCCCUCCGGACUGCACAGUAUCCCUCUGAUACUAGUUUUUCUGAUCUGUUUUCCGGCAUAUUUCGUUUGCGGUCCUUUGCAGUCCUUUGUGAUUAAUGUUUGUAGUUUCCUGUAGCUCUCGGCCAGCAGAGGCCUUCGAAGGUCCUUUCCCGAAAAUCCCCGCUGGCUGAGUAACUAGUAAGAGAGGUGGAUUUUCAGCGGGUCAAACUAAAGCUACGGGAAAACGGGCAACAAAAAACUCGCAACUUGUCACGCAACAAUGAUGCAAAACGAAUUGAAUAACGAUGUUGCGCGUCUUACCACACAUAUCAAACCUGUCUUACAACAAAUCAGGUUGUUAAGCCUUUAAUCCCUAAGAGUGAACAUCAUCAAAUUUCUCCUUGUAAUAUCAAUGCUUUGUAAAACAGAGUGGUCAUGAGAAUUACGAACAUGAUCACACAAGAUGAAUGUGCUUGAUAUUUUAUCAACUUCUCCCCACUACUUCUGUAGGAAAUGAAUAGGGGUAACAAAUGAGAAUUCCAAUUUUGAUCUUAGGGUUUAAAGGGUUAAAAGCUAAUGUCACAAACCUUGGGUAAUGUCAGCAUGGAAUUGCUGGAGUCUGAGAGCUUUGUCCAACUUGGCCUUCUUGAUGUCUGCAGCAUUUCGAAGAUUUGCCCAUCUGAAAACAAGUCAUUGCAGAUAUUCAAUUUCUUAAAACUCUUCCUGUUUGAACAUGGGUGAUAAAACGCGCAACAUCGCUUUUCAACUUGUUCUGCAGCAGUGUUGCAAAACGAGUCGCACGUUUUUAAACUGGACGCGCAGUUCAUAUCAGGAACGGAUAACUUCUCAUUACAAAAACUCUUUAAUCCUUUUAAGUUUCUUCGUAAUUAUCAAGUUUCAAUAGAUCGCUUCGUUACGGAGACACCCAAUAAAGAUCAAGCAACAAAACUGUGGCUCUAGUACGGGUAAAGUGAUGUAAAAUCACCAUAAUGCGUUAUGUUUUAGGACACGUGGUACAAUCCUGACGAAUUUCCCAGGUCGUUCAUUAAGGGGAGUGGAGAAGGUUUUUGGUGGGCAUUUGUUACCAUGACAACAGUUGGGUGAGUACAAACAGUCACUGAACGAAGAAUAAAAAAGGUUUUUGUGUGUCUGAAGCGUGUGCCGGCACAAAGAGGUCUACACGAUAACGACCUAACCCUUAAAACCCUUACCAACCACGGCACUGAGGUUUUUGUAAUAUAAAGCAAAUCCAUGAUAGUACACUACCGGAAAUCGUACAUGAUUAAGUUACGUUUCUUAAACAUAGGGAGCGUCCUCGAUAGGGAUAACCUCUGACGUUCCCUUUUAGGUAUUCUCACAUAAUCAAUAUUUGAUUUGAUUUGAUUUGAAAGAUCAAGUGAGUCCUCCGUAGAUAGAACGCCAACCUACCGGCACUGGACUGGAUGAUGGAGUGUCGUAGAGUGAAGCUAAAUUUGAGUGAAAACGCUUAAUUGAAUGUAUAUAGAUAGAAACUCAUCUAUUCCUCUGCCCUUUACAGCUACGGUGAUCGUUCUCCUCGAGGAUUCGUGGCGCGUAUUUUUGCAAUAAUCUGGGUACUAGUUGGCCUCGUUAUCACGUCGAUAUUUACGGGUGUCGUUACCACGUCUCUCACGGCCAUAACGCUGAGUACUGAUGUGAAGCUUUACGGCACUAAGGUAAGUUUAAAUGAGCUAUGGCAUGAUUUUUUCGUAUUACAUUCAUCAUCAUCAUUAUCGGUCGACCGAAGAGCAGUCGAUCGUAACUCGUCUCCUACUUGCUCGGUCUUAGGCAAUGCGCACGAUGUCAUCCUCUAAGAAAUGCUUUUUGGGGUCUAUCCAUUCCUGGACUCGGUGGGAAAAGCGAUCUCCCAGGGGAUCUUCUCCCGUGGGAGAGCUCAUACAACGCGUAGAUCUUAGCGGGUUCGUCCUGUGGCCAAGGAACUUGAGCUGACGUGAGAUGACCGUCGAUAGCAAAGUGCUAGUGCCAGUGGGUUCGUAGAUUCAGUCACUUAUGACUUUGUCAAACUUUUGAUGUUCAAAAUGUUCCUUUAACAUGAGGUGGCAAAAGCUUUCCGUUCCACACCCAUGUCUUUGGUGAUUAUCUACCUACGUUUCGAAGUGAUUCAGUAGAACGGAAAGACAUAUUGUUCUAAAGAGGCGCAGUUUCAGGUCCAAAGGUACUGUCUGCGAAUAGCAGAUCUUGUCUAGGCUCCAGAUAGCACACCGUGCGAGAGCCUUCCGACGCUUGGAGGUAUUACUUUAAAACCCUAAAAACACAUUGGAAGCAAAGAAAACCCUGAAAUAAUAGUUCAGUCAGACCGACCGUCAUAGGCUUAACCAACUUUUAUUUGUUUCCUUUAGAUUGCAGCAGUUGCAAAUUCCACCGAGUACAGAUUAGGACUCAACAAGAACGCGAAAAUGCAAGGUAAGUGUCAAAACACGUUUGGUUAUGUUUGAAGAGCGCUUGCGAAAGAAUAAUGACAAUCACCACGACAAAUUUCUUGAUUUCUGUCAACCUAGGUGACCACUCGUUCGCACUGAUCAAUUUGACGGCGAACACGGUUUUAUUAGGUUUAAUAUUUUAGUAUUCCUUAACCAGCCUCAUUCCCAUCGUCCUCGGCGAUUUCGGCUGUGACGUCACCCUGGUAAACGAAUCGCCCUCGGUUCCAAGCCUCCUCUGCUCACUCGGAUAGUGCGAACUGGCCUGGAGACGAGGCUCUUCCUUAACGUCAUUCACCUGGGUAACAUCAGCAAAGGCGGGGUACAUGUCCCUAAUACAUAUCCUAGCAACACGUCCGCUUGUUUGCGUUGAAUAGCACACGCGCCUAUCCUUAACACAGUCGACCACUGAAAAAAAAAACUACCUGCAUGUUGCCGCAUGAGAGCGAGGAUCCAAAUUCACCAAUCACUAAUAGCCACAGAUAUCCAAGGACCUACAAGUAGCUAGUGUGAAGCAGUUAGAUGGACUUCAGUAGACAACAAAAAUUUUGAAAAAAAUAGGCAGGAUGUCAUAUCAUAAACUUUUUUCAUACAACAUUCAGUUUCCUUGAUGAGAAUUUUCGUCCGGCAACAGCUUUGAUGGUGUCGCUAUUAAUCCUGCCUAGCCAGCCGACACCAUUGCCUUAUUAAGGCCCCGUAUAUAGGAGAAAAGUUGUCGGGGAAAGAGGUUCACCCUCCUAACCAAGCCAACUUUAGCGAGCGUUUUUAUGAGAAAAAAGUGGCCCCUUUGACCGAUCCAAGAGCUGACAACAGCCCUUGCGCAUGCUCUGAUUGUCUCGCCUUGACCGAGUUUACCCGGCUGGGCGAGCCUAUGUGUCAUCAAUAGCAAGUGACCCUCCUGGGAAAAUCACCCUUCUAGCAGAUCCAACUUUUUGUUUCUCAUGUACACGGCCGCCACGUUUUGUAAGGAAAUUUACGAAAAGGUUGGCUCUUCCACUGUGGCUCGGGUAAGCGAGGGACCCGUUUACCCGCGGGACAAGUUUUCUCCUUGUAAACAGGGCCGUAGCAAUAAAAGUCAAACUACGAUGAAUAACAUAUCUUUCAUUGAACUAAUUUUUUUUCACGCAGCAUACAAUGACUUGGUGUCUAUUGUGGGCCCACUGAAAGACAGACAAUUCAAAGGUGUUCUAGUGGACACUUAUGUCGCUGGAGAAAUGAAAGAAUUAUCUAGCGAAGAGCUACGAGUAAAUAAAAUCAUCGAUCAUAACUCAUACUAUGGAGUUGUAUUCGGAGAGGGACGAUUGUCAGGAAAGACCUUUCAGAACUGCUUCGAGGACUACGUUCUCUCAAACCAAGCUGAAAUCUUCAAAGAAGUAAAAGCGAAAACCAAGCCAAUGGAGGUAAGUUUUUUUUCGGAAAUCUUUUAAACUCGCUAUGUUUUGGUUAAUGAGUCAAACUCGGUGGGUAGCUUUAUGGUUAUUUUACUUCUUUUGAAGAUUAGAUAAAGGACUUCACAAAAUGCUAAUGUCAACACUCGCAUGGAUCUUUCAUACUAAAAGAUGAUUAACAAUUGUGUUCACACGUCUGUCAGAAAGAAAGCCCUUUAAGGGGUUACACUGGCGUAGAACAUUAGACCAACGAUGCCCUGAUAUUAUUGAGUUCAUAUAUCAUUCACCAACACCAGCCUUUUUUAGAGAGUACACUCACAUGGACGAUCACACAAGGCAAAUUACUGAUACUUCCAGGUUCACACAUUUAUCACCAACUACAGUCUUUUUAAUAAAGAUCACAGUAAGACAAACUACUGAUGAUACUUUAUUCAUCCAUCAGCAACACCACUUUCACUAGACAAACUACAUUCUCGUCCCAAGAGCCACUCGGCUUCAUUCAUAACGACCGAUACCACGUGACCAAAAGAAACGAAGGGGUCUGGGAACGAGAAUAGACAACCUACAGUUUCGUCCCCAGAGCCACUCGGCUUAAUUUGUAGCCAUCGAGAUAACGUGAUUAAAAGGAACUAUGGGGUCUGGGAACGAUAAUGGACGAACUACUGAUGUCAUUGACUUCAAUAAAUGUAUUAUUUCGUUUUUCUUAUUGUUUCGUAGGAGCCAAAAGAGAGUGCAGCCGUUGAGCGCUCAUCCGGCUUAUUUGACGCCAACUCUCCUCUGUUCCGGAACUCCAUUUAUACCUGCAUUGGCUUGCUGCUGUUUUUGUCGGCUUGUGGCAUUAUCUGGGACUACGGAUACAUGAGGCACUGGAGGAAAAAGGCAGAGAUGGGUAAGACGAAAGGCUAAUGUCAUGUUAUACUUGUUCCCUGGGCACGAUGCCCGUUUACGGUACUCGAUGUGCACUAAUGUGAACUCACCAUUUUUUAAGUACCCGCGCCACAAUACCACCAUGUCAUUUCUUUCGUAACCUUACAAGUCUACCUCCUCCUCAGGCGCUUCGUUUUUUACAUAGAGGCUAGCGCGAAACGCGUGUGACACGCGAGUGACUGGUGACGAAGCGCAAGGCCCGUUCUCUCCUUUUCGCCCUUUUGCACGCAUGGAGAGAGAGAGAGAGUCAGCUUUAAAGUUAUAAUGGCCCUUAUGUGUGUUACAUCAGCCGAGCAAAUUUCACCACCAAGCCUUGUUUGUGAACAAAAUUCUUUGCAUUUUCACUCUGUGUGCAUGAGUAUUCUUUUCAAAACAACUAUCUUGGGAAUUCAUAUUUGUAACAUUUGUAGAAGGCUUACAUGUAAUAACUGACCUAAAUUUAAAAAAAAAUCCUAAAUGUAAUGAGAUUUAACCCUAAAUGUAAUUUUAAGUCUUAAAUGUAAUAACAUUUGGAGUGUGACAACAUUCGGUCUUAUAUGGUAUGACGUCAUGCUAACGUCAUCAGUGACGUAAGUAACGCGUCGUAAACCAUCUAAGUAGUUAGAAAAAUGGCCACGUGAUCUUUCGCGCCAUCUGUCACGAAAAUCAGUCACGUCAUCGUCAACCUCAAGACCAACUGAUUACAACGCCCACGUGACCAAUGAAAACAUCAAUCACGUGUCUUCUUAGCUUUGGAAAGUUUACCUUCUUUUUUCCUCUUACUUACAACUUUCUUUGCUUUACUUCAGAAUAGUUUUUUUGGACUCCUAAAAGUGACAUUAGACGGAUUAAGAAAUAGGGAGUUUGAGAUACCACGAUGGCGACGGCCACGAAAACGUCGCUUAAAAAGUGAAUUUGCAUUCUUUCAAUCUCUAUCGCGAUUACUCCAACUCAUAUACUUUGUCAAAAGUAAGUGAACUGUUUUUGAGCCGAUUCCUAAGAACCCUAUUCAAGUUCAGAAAGAGAAAGAAAAUUUAACCGUAGUUUGUUUACGUCCUCCAAAGGACGUGAAAUUAUAGGCAUUUUCCCGUCGUAGUCGUGCAGUGACGGCGAAGAAAUGUACAAAAAAGCGUGAUGCACGUGCAUUGUUGUUGUUUUGCCUAUUCAACUUAUUGCUUUUGGGGCGUUCCCGUUGCCGUCGCCGUCGUCGGAUCUUAAGGUCCCUAACUGAAAAAGCGACGGCGGUGACGAAGGUGCGCGCAGAUCUGAAAACGAGCUUGACCAAUGGCAAGAUUUUCGAAACGAGGCUUGGUGGUAAGAUUUGCUCGUUUGACGUAAACAUUCAUGAGGGAUAUUCGUCACUUUAGACACGGGCAGGGAACUGGGCCGAGUUAACUUUCGCAAAGACUUCUGGGACUGUUACUAGAGUGGCCAAUUACUACGAUCCCAGAAGAGUUAGCGAAACUAAACUCGGCUUAGUUUCCUUGUAGCCUGUUGUUCCAGGCUUUCAAAAUGCUUUUCCUUCUCGUUUAUAAGGCUGCGAAUUCUGUGUACUACUCCUACCUCCCCGCCUCCUAACUAAAAAAGCCUUUUUUUUCUCCAUUUAUGCCAUCAGAACACUAUAGCUUGGGUUUGUUCUUAUUGCAGAUGAACUCGAACUUCUCGGAGGGCCUGGAUACGAAAUGGCCAAAAGGAAUCUGGACAUGAUGGACUCGCUGAUGCAAGAAGUUCAGGAGUUUUACGACAACUGGACGAAGCGACUCGACGAUAUCACAGCUAGACAUGAAGAGGAACACAGACUACAAGCCAAAAAGAAAAACUAG